GUUAUGUCUUAAAGCUGAAAUGUUAACUUCAGUGAUAAAUUCCUCAGGCAGAGCAUUGGCAUGUGGGUACAACAGGGUUAAUGAGCAGGAGUAGGGUAGGUGGGGUUACAAACCAGGAACACAUGCCCUCCAAGUUAGAUAGCUUUUUUUCCUCUUUAAUUGCUGUUUAAACACACAUGCUCUCACAUAACACAGAAGGUGAGAGCUGAAUGAAGUUUUCUGGGUAAUGGCAUGAAAUGUUUUCCUUAUGAGAAGUGGUGUUGAGUUACAGCGUGCAGACGGAGAACGGGGAGGAGAGAAACAGCAGUCUCAAUCUGGCCCCCACCUUUUCUUGGGCUUGUAGGAAGGUGGACAGGGGCUCCCGGAGACAAGACAAGUGAUAUGUUGAACUGUUCGGUGGCUGGAAUCAACUGCUCCUGGAGUGACCUAAGGCCAGUGUUUACCAGAACUUAGCCAGGGCCAGCCAAGCAGGCACAGAUGCUCUGCUAUGAAAUGCCACGCAGGCAGAGACUGACAAGCGGUAGGAACUGAGCUUUCCCCUUGGACUGCUGCUUCCUGCUCUGUUCAGGGGAGGGGGUCACUUUCUGGCAACUCUGCUGCUGCUGCUGCUGCUGCUACUUCAGCUCCCUCUCCACUCAAGGUAAGCAGGCUAAGGGAGGGCAGGCUGCUAGGGAAAGCUUUGUACCAUGAACAGGAUCCGAAAGUUUUUCCGAGGAAGUGGGCGAGUCUUGGCGUUUAUCUUUGUAGCUUCUGUCAUCUGGCUCCUCUUUGACAUGGCAGCUCUCCGCCUCUCAUUCAGUGAGAUCAACACUCGGGUCAUCAAGGAAGACAUUGUGAGGAGGGAGCGGAUAGGAUUCAGAGUUCAGCCAGACCAAGGGAAAAUUUUUUACAGCAGCAUAAAAGAGAUGAAACCUCCCCUAAGGGGACAUGGGAAAGGGGCAUGGGGCAAAGAGAAUGUUAGAAAAACUGAGGAGAGUGUGCUCAAGGUUGAGGUGGACUUGGACCAAACCCAGAGGGAAAGAAAAAUGCAGAAUGCCCUGGGAAGGGGCAAGGUUGUGCCGUUGUGGCAUCCUGCACAUCUGCAGACCCUCCCUGUGACUCCUAACAAGCAGAAGACAGACGGGAGAGGCACCAAACCUGAAGCCUCCUCUCAUCAGGGGACACCAAAGCAAACGACAGCUCAGGGGGCUCCAAAGACCUCAUUCAUAGCAGCAAAAGGAACUCAGGUAGUCAAAAUAUCAGUACACAUGGGACGUGUCAGUUUAAAACAGGAGCCCCGAAAGAGUCACAGUCCCAGCAGUGACACAUCAAAACUAGCAGCUGAAAGGGUCUUGAAUGUGACCAUCAGUCUUAGUACUGAUAGACCAAAGCAGCGAUCACAGGCAGUAGCAAACGAGAGGGCACACCCUGCCAGCACAGCAGUGCCGAAGUCUGGGGAAGCCACGGCCUUAAACAAAAUUAAGACUCAGAGCAAAGAAGUCAAUGCAAAUAAACACAAAGCCAAUACAAGUCUUCCUUUUCCUAAGUUCAUUGUCAAUUCAAAUCGCUUAAGGAAGCAAUCUAUUAAUGAGACACCUUUGGGAAGUUUGUCAAAGGAUGAUGGAGCUAGAGGGGCUCAUGGGAAGAAACUCAAUUUCUCUGAAAGCCAUCUUGUGAUUAUAACCAAAGAGGAAGAGCAAAAGGCAGACCCCAAAGAGGUCUCUAAUUCUAAAACCAAAACAAUAUUUCCUAAAGUAUUGGGUAAAAGCCAAAGUAAACACAUUUCCAGGAAUAGAAGUGAGAUGUCUUUCUCUUCACUUGCUCCACAUAGAAUACCACUGUCCCAAACUAACCAUGCUUUAACUGGAGCGCUCGAGCCAGCAAAAAUCAACAUAACUGCCAAAGCCCCCCCUACAGAAUACAACCAGAGUCAUAUAAAAGCCCUUUUACCUGAAGACAGUGGAACGCACCAGGUGUUAAGAAUUGAUGUGACACUUUCUCCAAGGGACCCCAAAGCUCCAGGGCAGUUUGGGCGUCCUGUAGUUGUCCCCCAGGGAAAGGAGAAGGAGGCAGAAAGAAGAUGGAAAGAAGGAAACUUCAAUGUCUACCUUAGCGAUUUGAUCCCAGUGGAUAGAGCCAUUGAAGACACCAGACCUGCUGGAUGUGCAGAGCAGCUAGUUCACAAUAACCUCCCAACCACCAGUGUCAUCAUGUGCUUUGUGGAUGAAGUGUGGUCCACUCUCCUGAGAUCUGUUCACAGUGUCCUCAAUCGCUCUCCUCCACACCUCAUCAAGGAGAUUCUGCUGGUAGAUGACUUCAGCACCAAAGACUAUCUAAAAGAUAAUUUGGAUAAAUACAUGUCCCAGUUUCCAAAAGUUCGGAUUCUUCGCCUCAAAGAGAGACAUGGCUUAAUAAGGGCCAGGCUGGCAGGAGCACAGAAUGCAACAGGUGAUGUGUUGACAUUUUUAGAUUCUCAUGUGGAAUGUAACGUUGGUUGGUUGGAACCUCUUCUGGAAAGAGUUUAUUUAAGUAGAAAGAAAGUGGCCUGUCCAGUAAUCGAAGUCAUCAAUGAUAAGGAUAUGAGUUACAUGACAGUGGAUAACUUUCAAAGAGGCAUCUUUGUGUGGCCCAUGAACUUUGGUUGGAGAACAAUUCCUCCAGAUGUCAUUGCAAAAAACAGAAUUAAAGAAACUGAUACAAUAAGGUGCCCUGUCAUGGCUGGUGGAUUGUUUUCUAUUGAUAAAAGUUACUUUUUUGAACUUGGAACAUACGACCCUGGCCUUGAUGUUUGGGGUGGGGAAAAUAUGGAGCUCUCAUUCAAGGUGUGGAUGUGUGGUGGUGAAAUUGAGAUCAUUCCCUGCUCCCGAGUGGGCCAUAUAUUCAGAAAUGACAAUCCAUAUUCCUUCCCCAAAGACCGGAUGAAGACAGUGGAGCGGAACUUGGUGCGGGUUGCCGAGGUCUGGCUGGAUGAGUACAAGGAGCUGUUCUAUGGCCAUGGAGACCACCUCAUCGACCAAGGGCUAGAUGUUGGCAACCUCACCCAGCAAAGGGAGCUGCGAAAGAAACUGAAGUGCAAAAGUUUCAAAUGGUACUUGGAGAAUGUCUUUCCUGACUUAAGGGCUCCCAUUGUGAGAGCUAGUGGUGUGCUUAUUAAUGUGGCUUUGGGUAAAUGCAUUUCCAUUGAAAACACUACAGUCAUUCUGGAAGACUGCGAUGGGAGCAAAGAGCUUCAACAAUUUAAUUACACCUGGUUAAGACUUAUUAAAUGUGGAGAAUGGUGUAUAGCCCCCAUCCCUGAUAAAGGAGCCGUAAGGCUGCACCCUUGUGAUAACAGAAACAAAGGGCUAAAAUGGCUGCAUAAAUCAACAUCAGUCUUUCAUCCAGAACUGGUGAAUCACAUUGUUUUUGAAAACAAUCAGCAAUUAUUAUGCUUGGAAGGAAAUUUUUCUCAAAAGAUCCUGAAAGUAGCUGCCUGUGACCCAGUGAAGCCAUAUCAAAAGUGGAAAUUUGAAAAAUAUUAUGAAGCCUGAAGUGUAACUGAUGUUUUUAUAUAGUAAACCCAUUAAAUACUGUGAAAAUAA